UGCCCGCGCGUCCUCCUGACAGCUGCGGCGGCGGCGAUGAUGCAAAGGAGGAGGGUGCUGCCGCCGGCGGUGCUGAUGGUGGCGAUCGGCGCCCGGGUGUGAUGCGAGCGUCAUGGUGGGGAUGCUGGCUUCGCGGCGGUGAGAGCCAGCGAGAGCGAGCCAGGGGCGGAGGACGCACGAAUUCGGAUCUUGCUGCUGUGUGGGCUCGGAUCUCUUGCUUUCCUCUCUCUCUUCCCCCCCUUCAUUUUGCUCUUGGUUUGCAUAUUUAAAAUCUCUCGACUCCAUCCUCUCCCCCACCACUGGAAGUCUUCCCGUCUCUAAAUGGAAUUAGUGGAGAUCGGAGCCUCUGGUGUAACGAACAGACAUGAUCUAUGGACGCAGUUUGUUUCACAUUGUAGCAAGUUUAAUCAUCCUCCAUUUGUCUGGGGCAACCAAGAAAGGAACAGAAAAGCAAACCACCUCAGAAACACAGAAAUCAGUGCAGUGUGGAACUUGGACAAAACAUGCAGACGGAGGUAUCUUUACCUCUCCCAACUAUCCCAGCAAGUACCCCCCUGACCGAGAGUGCAUCUACAUCAUAGAAGCUGCGCCAAGACAGUGCAUUGAACUUUACUUUGAUGAAAAGUACUCUAUUGAACCGUCUUGGGAGUGCAAAUUUGAUCAUAUUGAAGUUCGAGAUGGACCUUUUGGAUUUUCUCCAAUAAUUGGACGUUUUUGUGGACAACAAAAUCCACCUGUAAUAAAAUCCAGUGGAAGAUUUCUAUGGAUUAAAUUUUUUGCUGAUGGAGAGCUGGAAUCUAUGGGAUUUUCGGCUCGAUACAAUUUCACACCUGAUCCUGACUUUAAGGACCUUGGAGUUUUGAAACCAUUACCAGCCUGUGAGUUUGAGAUGGGCGGUCCUGAAGGAAUUGUGGAGUCUAUACAAAUCAUGAAGGAAGGCAAAGCUUCUGCUAGCGAGGCCGUUGAUUGCAAGUGGUACAUCCGGGCACCUCCACGAUCCAAGAUUUACUUACGAUUCUUGGACUAUGAGAUGCAGAAUUCAAAUGAAUGCAAAAGGAAUUUUGUGGCCGUGUAUGAUGGCAGCAGCUCCGUGGAGGAUCUGAGAGCUAAGUUCUGUAGCACCGUGGCUAAUGACGUCAUGCUCCGCACAGGGCUUGGGGUGAUCCGCCUGUGGGCCGAUGAGGGCAGUAGGAACAGCCGAUUUCAGAUGCUCUUCACAUCGUUUCAAGAACCUCCCUGUGAAGGCAAUACAUUCUUCUGCCACAGUAACAUGUGUAUUAACAAUACACUGGUCUGCAAUGGACUUCAGAACUGUGUGUAUCCUUGGGAUGAAAAUCAUUGUAAAGAAAAGAGGAAAGCCAACCUGCUGGACCAGCUGACCAACACCAGUGGGACUGUCAUUGGAGUGACUUCCUGCAUUGUGAUCAUCCUUAUUAUCAUUUCUGUCAUUGUGCAGAUCAAACAGCCUCGUAAAAAAUAUGUCCAAAGGAAAUCGGACUUUGACCAGACAGUUUUCCAGGAGGUGUUUGAACCUCCUCACUAUGAGUUAUGCACUCUCAGAGGGACAGGAGCUACCGCUGACUUUGCAGACGUGGCAGAUGAUUUUGAAAACUACCAUAAACUGCGGAGGUCCUCUUCCAAAUGCGUUCACGACCAUCACUGUGGAUCACAGCUGUCCAGUGCAAAAGGCAGCCGCAGCAACCUCAGCACAAGAGAUGCUUCUGUCUUGACAGAGAUGCCCCCACAGCCCGUCAAACCCCUCAUCCCGCCCAUGAACAGAAGAAACAUCCUCGUCAUGAAACACAACUACUCGCAAGAUGCUGCAGACUCCUGUGACAUUGACGAGAUUGAGGAGGUGCCGACCACAAGUCACAGGCUGUCCCGACAUGAUAAAGCCGUCCAGCGGUUCUGCCUCAUUGGGUCUCUAAGCAAACAUGAAUCUGAAUACAACACAACUAGGGUCUAAAAAGGAAAUUCAAGAGAAGAACUAUUUAUACAAACAUGGGGACUGUGAAAAGAAAAUUCUAUAGUGAAUUGUGAAAAGUGGACAUAUUACUAAAUUCAUUCCACUGCCUUUAUCCAAACUUAAGAAUUACAGACAUUUGUUAUUCCUUCGGCAAGACAUCCCCGCUGCACAAUGAUAUGUUCAUUUCGUAAUUUGGUUGCUGGCCACCAAGUGCUCCUUAGUUUUUAAAUACAUUUUGAGAUUUACUGGAAACUUGAAGAAGAAAUUAGUUCCUGAUUAAGACUCUCCCAACUUUACUUUUACUGUCAGUUUCACUUUGUUUCUAUGUUGUUUUAUGUCUUUGUUAGAUAAUUGUACAUUGUGUGAUAUGUGAAAAAACACAAUUUUGGAUGAACUUUGUGUUACAUGUACAUUGUUUUCAUUAUAUAGACUGAUUGAGAAUAGUGCGUUCCUGAGUGAUUUUGAACACGCUACAGCGAAAAGUGAAAAUAUGGACCAUGGAGACACCAGCUAGAGGUUUUAUGGACUAUAAACAUCUGUUGUUGUGUUAUGAUUAAAUGCAGCCAAAAGUAACGAGUAAAAUUACUAGAUUGCAAUAAGAAAAAUCUUUUUUUUUUGGUCUUUCCUGUAUACCCCCAAUUUCCUUUUUGUUUUAUAUCAAAGGAAGAUACCGAGUUUCAGAAAUAGUUUUUGAAAUCAGGUAUUUUACCAUUCAUACCCUUCAGUAGAAAUGUUUUUUGAUUAAGCACUUAGCAAUAGGAUUGAAUUGACAGUUUGAGAAAUUACCCUGCAUGUCAGUAUUGGAUAUUUGAGUUGGGAAAAUAUCCUUUUUAUUAGACACAUUGUAAAAAGCAUGCAUUCUUGAAUACUGCUGUAACUCUUCCAUUUCUUUGUGUCAUAUGCUUGCUACUUGUAACUUUUUAUAUAAAGAUAUAUAAAAAUGUAUAAUAAUUUCCUAACUCGAGUUACGAGAAAUGUUUUCUUCUAUUAGAGUGAUAAAAAAUUGACUUACAUAAAUACACACUUUAUAUCAACUGUUUCCACAUCUUAGGCUACAGGAUGUCCUUUAGUAUUGAGGCUUACUUCUCCAAAAUUUGAUUUCUAAAAUUUUAUUGAAUAUGUUCUCCUUUUAGAAUAUAAAGUCUUUUUUAAAUGCUUUAAAAAAAUCAGGCCCAUUUAUGACCCAAAUUACACCAUUCUGAGUUGUUCUUAUACUCAGGCACACAUAUAGUACCUGAAAGCUUACUAAUUAUGAUGUGUUUAAUAUAAAUAAAGUAAAAUCAUAUAAUAUGUUUAAUUGCUGUUGAAUUAUAUAUACAUUCUAUAAAGUUUUAU